AUGCCGGAACCCAUUCAGCACCUUCAGGUCGUCGAGUCGACCGGCCUGCGCCGGAAAGACACUACCAAAGGCCCGCCGCUGCGCAUCCUGUCGCUCGACGGCGGUGGUGUUCGCGGCUACUCCAUGUUGAUCCUGCUGCAGGAACUCAUGCACCGCACAUAUGUCGAAAUACACGGCAAGGCCCCCAAGCGCCACGAGAUCCCCAAGCCAUGCGAACACUUCGACCUCAUCGCCGGCACCGGCACCGGCGGCUUGAUCGCCAUCAUGCUGGGUCGCUUGAGGCUCGACCUCGAGACAUGCAAAGAUGUCUAUGUGCGCAUGACCAAGCGUGUCUUCGAGACCGACAAGACCAUUGCCGGCAUUCCCUACAGACACACUCUUUUCAAGGCUUCCAAAUUGGAGGAAGCCAUUCGCGAAUGUGUGCGCGAACACACUCUAAACGAGGCCGAAGGCAAAGACGACACCACCGCCUCCGACCUCGACCUCAACUCUCCCCGCAGUCCCAGAAGUAGCGUCCAUGGCCGUCCUCAGAGAAGUAUGAGCACGUCCAGUCGCUAUAGUCAGAUCGGCAUGGCACCAAUUAACAUGCGUGGCCCGUAUGCAGCCAUGCGCUGGGGCAGCCCCAACGCCUUGCUGUAUGACAGCAGGGAACACCGCACCAAGACUGCCGUCACUGCUGUCUACAAGGGCACCCCGAGGGGUGGCAAGGCCCAGCUGCUGAGGUCGUAUGACUCCCGCGCCGAACCCGCUCCUGAAUUCGAAUGCACCAUUUGGCAGGCCGGCCGCGCAACCUCCGCUACCGGCCUUGCUUUCAAGCCCAUCCAGAUCGGGCAAUCGGUUUUUAUCGACGAAGGCGCCGGAAAAUACAACCCUUCCCCCCAAAUCCUGGACGAGGCAGUCCGCAACGAAUGGCCCGGAAGAGAAGUCGGCGUAUUUAUCAGCAUUGGCACCGGAAAGCGGCCCAACGGAACCUCAAACCAACAACACCUCUGGUGGGAGGGCUUCAUCGGCAGCGGCAUGGGAGAUUUUGCGGAGGCCCGGAGACGCUUGAUUGCGAAGAUCGAGGGUUGUGAAGACACUCACCAGUACAUGGUGAAGGAACAUCUGGCCAAGCGCGGAGUCAACCAAGAAAACUACUACCGCCUCAACGUCGAAGUCGGUGUUGGAGAAUUCGGUAUGAACGAAUGGAACCGCCUUGCCGAUAUCAGUACCAACACUCGCCGGUAUCUUGCGAGGGAUGAAGUUCAAGGCAUGAACUUGGAUGCUGCCUGCAAGCUUGGGCGCAUUCACCGCGCAAAAGUCAGAUGGGAGAGAGCCCAGCACGCCGGCGUCAGCGAAUACACGUCGGAGUCGAAGUGGGACCGCCCUCUUCCUCCUGCUCCAGGCAACGGGUACACGCCGCCUUCGAACCCAAUCGCCGUCGAGCUGCCGGCUGAAGACGUUAUGAUGCCGAUGAAAAGCCCGCAAACUCCUGCGUCGAACGACUUCCUUUCCCCUUCCUCUCCGCGUGUUUCCGCAUUCAACCGCCUCCCAGCCAUUGACGACAACGACAAAUUCGCGGUCGUCUCGUCUGAUGAGUACCCUCAGCCAGUAGACCGCCGUAACUCCGGCGAGAUGUACCUGCCCUACCGCAGUUCAAACGGAUCUCUCAUCCCCACACCCACCACCCCAAGGCUCAGUAACGAAGAAGCACGACCCGCGACGGCAACUACCGACGGCUCCAUGCCGCACUCUCCCCCUCCGCUUCCACCCAAGACUCCUUUGCCUUAUCCAGACGACAGGCCGAUGAGCCCGAAUGGCAGGCCGAUGAGCCCCACGUAUGGGAGACCGGUCGUCCCGCUUCCUUACCCGGAUAUGGACGGCCCUCCUCCCAUGGUGAACAUGGCUAGGAAGCCAGAGGUCGGCAAAUAA